AUGACGCAUCGCUACACGACUCUCGCCGCCAGACGAACCGCGUUUACGCUCGUCGAACUGUUGGUCGUGAUCGCGAUCAUUGGGGUGCUCGUCGCGCUGCUCUUGCCGGCGGUGCAAGCGGCGCGUGAGGCGGCGCGGCGGACGCAGUGCAACUCACAGCUCAAGCAGAUCGGAUUGGCGAUCCAGAGCUACCACGACGCCAACGGACAAUUCCCAACAGGCCGCACCUCGACCGAUGAGUUUGGGGUGUCCUGGGCGUACGCGAUCCUGCCGCAAAUCGAAGAGCAAUCCCUCUACGAUGCGUUCGACCCGAGUCAGCCGGUUCACUCGGAGGCCAACGCGGCGGCAAUGCGGACGCCGAUCGCUGUCUACGCCUGCCCUAGCCGUGGACCCGCGACGGCCGAUCGCGACUUCGACAACAACGAACAGGGCGCGGGCGCCAACGGCGAACCCCGCGGCGUCGCCGUCCGGGGCGACUACGCCGCCAAUGCCGGACUCGAAGAGGACACCGGCAUGGAAGACUCGGACUACCUCGAGGGUGAGGUCGACUUCCGGAGCGGCCACGUCGACUGGUCGCUUUCAGGGCCGAUCUUCAGCAACUCGAAGAUCGAGUCCCGCAAUGUCACCGAUGGGAUGUCGAAGACACUCGCAGUUGGUGAGAAGUUCAUCCCGCAAACCGAGGGGGAUUGGGACGACGAAUACAUCCACGCCGCCCAGGGCGAUACGUGCUUCCUCGCGUCGGACAAUAUCACCACGAUCAUGCGCGGGACCGAGGACGGCCUUGGUGACGCGUCGGAUCGCAUCGAACAGGGCAGACGUAAUCAAGCGGCCCAGCUCUUCGGCGCGAGCAAUCACCCGGGGAUCGUGAUGUUCGCCUUCCUCGAUGGACACACGGAGGCGAUUAGCACUGGCCGCAGCGGCCGGGCCGAGACGAUCAACCCCAACCAGAUUCGCGACGUCCCCAGCAGUCUCGACGCUGAGGACCAGGGGCUGAUCGACCAAUGGGGCUGGCUGAUGGCGAUGAGCACCAUCGCCGGCGAAGAGGUCUGGACGGACUGA